AUGAGAUGCCCAUCUUGGUAAAUUAAGUGUUUUUGGUUUAAACUUGCACUUCAGAGACGUAGACAUUUAGACAAUAACAAUUUUUAUUUAAUGAAAAAUAUUUUUCCAAUAUUGAUAAGAAAAAUGUCAUCAAUAAACUCAACUAUUUCUUCAUUAAGAAUGAAAUACAUGGAAAAAAAACAAGUGUUUCUAGAAGAAAAUAUUAAAGUUAAAGAACCCAUACAUUUAUUCAACGAAUGGUUGGAAAUCGCUUUGAAAACUGAUGAAAUAUUAGAACCUAAUGCAGCUUGCUUAGCAACAGUCAAUAAGGACGGAUUACCUUCAAACCGAUUUGUUUUAGUAAAGGAAGUAAUUCCAGAAGGUUUUAUAUUCUUUACAAACUAUGGAAGUCGAAAAGCACAGGACAUUCUCUGCAACCCUAAUGUGGCAUUAACAUUUUACUGGUGCCCACUACGAAGAUCAGUUCGAAUAGAAGGGAUAGCUGACAAAAUUUCACUUGCAGAUUCGCUUAAUUAUUUUAGUCAACGACCACGUGCCAGCCAGAUUGGAGCAUUAGCUAGUCCUCAAAGUACAGUUAUUGAGAGCCGAAAAUACUUGGAUGAAGUUGAAUCAAAUAUCAAAGCUGAAGUAGGAGAAAAUAAAGUUCCAAUGCCAAAUUGGGGCGGUUAUUUAAUAAAACCAAGUUUAAUUGAGUUUUGGCAGGGACAAACAGAUCGCCUUCAUGAUAGAAUCAGAUUUCGUAGAGGAUCAAAGAAAGUAGAAGAUGUUGAUGAAACGAUGGUUCAUUGCGGAGAGAAUGGUUGGGUUUACGAGCGUUUAGCUCCAUAAUGUAAUUUGUUAAUGUAAUUGUAAGGGUUUUAAAAGCUAAUUAAGUAAUUGCAUGUUAAAUAUUAUAUUUUCUUACUGGAUUCACAAAAUAAUUUGUUUAUAUGAAAUCUUUUGAAUAAAAAUUAAAUCUUAAAAAAAAA